GGCGGAGUCUGCUCGGUCAGUACCGGACAGAAGCAGCGGAGGCAGCAGUUAGGGACGGUCGUCCUCGCUCGGCUUUUCUUCGUGUCCAGCGGCUUUUUCCAAAUGGCAACGACCGCGGACGACCAGCGAGAAACAGCGGACGUCGCUUCGUUUGCGACGCACCCCGGUUGUCACAACAGCAACAACAAUAACAACAACAACAAUAACAACAAAGACAGCGAGGCGGGAGACAGCGCGACCUCCGCCACGGCCACCACGACCGAAUCCGGCGGCACGGCGUCGCAGAGCAUCGGUAACGGCUCGGUCAUCAACCCCAACGGCGGGAACAACGGGAAGUGGGUCCGGCUGAACGUUGGCGGCACGGUGUUCCUCACGACGCGGCAGACCCUCCUCAAGGAGCAAACUUCGUUCCUGUAUCGGCUGUGCCAGCAGCAGGACCUGCACUCAGACACGGAUGAAACCGGAGCCUAUGUGAUCGACAGAGACCCCACCUACUUCGGCCCCAUCCUUAACUACUUACGGCACGGCAAACUGGUCUACAACAAGGAGCUCGCUGAAGAAGGUGUCCUGGAGGAGGCUGAGUUUUACAACAUCACCCCACUGAUCAAACUUAUUAAGGAGAGGAUUGUAGAGAGGGACUCCAAAGCUACGCAGCAGGUUCCCCCGAAGCACGUUUACCGGGUGCUGCAGUGUCAGGAGGAGGAGCUCACCCAGAUGGUCUCCACGAUGUCGGACGGCUGGAAGUUUGAGCAGGUCAGCGUGCGCGCCUGCAGAAAGCCCCGCACCGGACUGCUCUGGACUAUGGUGAACAUCGGCUCAUCGUACAGCUAUGGAACAGAGGACCAGGCUGAAUUUCUCUGCGUCGUAUCUAAGGAGCUUCACACGCCCGGAUCUGGGCUCGGUACAGAACAGAGCCACAAGACAAAGCCGGCAGAGAUGCAAGAGGAGGAAGCAGCGAAGGAUGAGGAGGAGGAGGGAGGGAGAGAUACCACACCAAAUGAGUGGCUUAGAGAAUGAGGGAUUCAUGUUUCUUUGUUCCAAAGAGAGGCUGGAAUGGCUUUUCCAGCUCCAUGGGUCCCGGAUGUAGAGAUGACAAGAAUUUAUUUUUUCUAGGCUUGCGACAUUCUGGACAUGGUGUAUCUGUACGUCGCGUCAAUGAGCCGCCAUCAGAAUUUGUAGCAUUGCAACCACAUCAUUGACGAAAUGCCAGUUUGCAUCACCAAACGACCAAAAACACCUAAAUAUCAGUCAGUCGCAGCAAUGGCAUCAAAAAUAUGUGUCAGUGAAACUAACAUUACACUGCUUGCACAGCUAUUAGGAAGACUGUAUUUUUCUGGGUUCAUUUUACUGUUGAAUGUUUUGAGUCAAUGUGAACCUGAAACUUGGCACAUUUAACAGAAGACAAGUGAACUUUGCCUUUCUCAGGGGGCUAUGCAGUAUAAUACAGUGUGUACAAUUAUUAGACAGAAAAAUUUUAAACACACUUUUCCCCCACUCACUUAGUUGUUCUAAAUUCUUAGAGUAACUGGAACACAUAUGGAACACAAAUGAAGAUUAAAUAAUACUGAAUGACCAAAACAGCCUUUUUUUCCCCCAAUAGCUUCCAUGAGAAUUUAAUCCAUGAAAUCUGUCAGUUUCUUCAUGUGUUCUCUAUCAACUUUUACUGAAGCAGCAACCACAGCCUCUCUUCACACGGGCCAAAUGUCUUCAUUCACUGUAAUUUCAUGCUUGAGAAGUGGCCGCCUGGUCCCAGUUCAUUAUUCAGGCAUUACCUGAAUAAUGAACUGGGACCUCUUCCCAAAUCACUACUAGAAACUAAAAACGGGUAUGGGAGUGGAUUUUCAGUCCAUCUUCAACUCUCCAGUAGCCCUCCUCCACCUUACAGAUGCCUGAGUUGAGCGUUGCCAUUAGUGAUGCCGCCACAGGUCAUCUAUCUGAUCCGUCACUCAUUACACCUGCCCGUAAAUCCUUUGAAAUGUCAGAUGUGUCAGGUUUUUCUUGGAAUCAUGUCUCCUCAGCUUGUGAGUCCUGUUCAUUGGAGUCAUGUUCCAAUCUUCAUUAGCUCAGCCCAGGCACUGGAGAAUAAAGGCCACCAGGUGGUUUUUAUAUUUCUCAAGUCUCCAUGCAUUCUUUACAACUUUUCACAACAAAAUGUUUCACUGAUCGGUGGUCACGCCUCAGUAGUUCAGCUGUUUGAAGAGUUUUGUAUCAGUCAGAAAAGGGAUUUCACUUUUUUUGUGUGUAAGUUAAAGGAUUUUUGAGUCCAUUUUACCCAAGUUAAUGAAGCUGCCUAAUAAUUAUGCACACUUUAAUAUGGCCACAACCUCAACACAUAUCACCUGAAAAGGAUAAAAUCCAGCAAUCAGUCAAAUUUAUUUGGUUGAGAGAUGGAAAAUGUGCUUAGAAAUAAUGACAAAUUCAGAAUACUCACCUGCCUGAUAUCUGUGCAUGCAGUGUUUUAGUAGGAAUAGUCAUGUGUUGGUGUGUGCAAACGUUAUAUUUGCCAAGGUUGGUAGUGGAGCUUAGUACAUCAUGACCAAAGAUCUAUAUUGAAGCUGACUGAACCAAGGUGCUGAAACAUAACAUGGCAGAAAACAUUACAAUCUGCCAAAAGCGACCUGACCUUGUGUUGGUUACCCAGUGAGGAGCCGUCGCUGUGUCUCUGUGAUCUGACAGAUGGUGUGGAAGGAUCGUGUUGCAUCUGCGUUGUGCAGCAUUUGGGUCAUUACAUUUCCUAAUGUGGCAUUAAUCAAUUAGCUUCUGUCAUCCUGGUGAUGGAUGAAACUGUUCCCCAAACCGAACACCUGCUGUUUAGUCCGUUAUUUUGCACUUGCUACGGAAGUUUGCUCUUGAAAACAACCACCAGCUGUUUACAGCAAAUCAUUCAAAUAUGUGUUGCUGUCAGUGUGAACGAGGGUCAGUGAUGGUUUGAGUGAAGACUGGAACUAAGUCCAGGCUUAUUUAGAGACGGCUUGACAGUUUCAGUUCUGAGUUCCGUUGUGUGUCUUGACCUCAGUGUACUGGCUUUGGGGUUUAAUUACUUCUUGUUCCCAGUGAUUUUGAUUCCAUUGUAUUAAGAUGUCAUUUUCACUGGAGCAGGCAGCACAUAAACCACCAUGACAAAGACGCACAGUGCUCCACAUUUCCUCCCUCACUGAAACCCUGCUGUUCGCUGAUACUCAUCUGCAUCACCUUGUGCCGGUGCUCACUCAGCAGCAGCAGCAAUGUCGCCUCAGUCUCUCUCCAUGGCUGAGAUCCAGAGCCUGCUUUGGCCUCAGCUGACAGAGAGACGUUUGUGUAAAACAGGAAAGGCUUAAAAAGGAGUCACCGAGGAGGGGGGAAGGAGGAGGAAGGGAGAUCACAAGGAGAAAGCAGGAGAGUCGAGAGUAUUUGUGUUUAGUAGCAACGUUUUUCCACAGUGUCCUCUAUCUCUGUUUUUGUUAAAAUACAGCACAGCUCCCACUAUAAACUCAGUGGACAGAAUUGCCGCAGUGCAGGUGUGUGACUGAAACAAUUUAAGAGGCACUGAGCUGGAGAACACAUGACUUUUAACAACCUCUGUUGGUAACGCAUAAGAAUUGCACCACAGAUCAAAUUUUGAAUCCCUGCAAUAGCAUGUGCCACAUUAAAUGACAUUUGUUCAUAAAAGACUUCAUUUCUAGAUGUCAUUCAGCAAAUACGUGUUUCACAAGGUUUUGACAGAGCAUUUAAGUUUGUGGUAUAACUCUGGAGGUGUAUUUGUUGAAUGCUGGAGAAAUACAUUAGUUAAAAAUAAUGGUGUUUUUUAUCAUCUGGUAGUGCAAUAUGUACAUAAGCUUUAAGAGGGGAACAUUCCAUAAUUGCCUAUCAUGUUGUAGCUUAUCAGAAACAGAAAAUACUUUAUAGAAUAGACACUAACAUGGAAAUAGGUUUUGUCUUUAGCUCUGUUUGGAGUCCUUUCUUGGAGGGAUAAAAGGUGACAGCAGCAGAGUGAAUAGUGAGUAAAUAGUGCAGUCAUUGGAGUCUGUUCCAGCUGCAGAGUGAUCAACAUUUGGUAGGAAACACUCAUUGCUGGUUUUGGUCUUUUGAAAUUAUUUGUGUUUGAAGCUAACCUGCUCUAAGCCUAAAAACUACGGUUGUUUGACUCUGCCCGCUGAGGUUAACACAACCCUGAGAGAUUAUUUCUUCCUCUGAGGCGACUGUCAGCAGCUUCUGUCUGACCUCCUGCUGUUUAGCUCCUGACUCACCAGUGAGGAAACACAGGUACACUCGGGCCGUUUCAUACAAAUGAAUAAUUUCAGACAAUCGACUAUUACGAUCAUGGUUGGCGACUUUUUUUACCUUUUGAUAUUUAAAUCAGAAAAAAGACUAGAAAUACAAUAUUGUGUGUAUGUGUGUGUCUAGUAUAGUGUCCUGUCCAGUCAUAGCGUUAAAUAGAAACAUCAGUAUUAGCAGGAUUAAUGGUAAAUAUUAGAGCAGUUAAACUAGAGUUACUCAACAUGCAUAUGAUAAUCAGAACAGUGAUGUUAGCAGAAAGACUGAAAGAGACGCAUUUACUGUUUUGUUCCUUUUUUCGUGGCUCUUCUAACUCGGAUCAUUCAGUGCCUUGAGUUCAAGCAGCAAAACUGACACGUCAAAAAGACCGACGUGUCAAAAAAAUGAUCAUAGGUGUUGUUAUUACAUGCAUUUUUAAAACAGAUGUUUUAGUAUUUUAGUCAAAGAAUGGAUAGUUUACAAUCGAGAGUUUCUUCCGGUGCAUUUGCUCUGAGAGGGUGUUUGAGUAGAUAUAAAGAGAGUAAAUGUACACAACGAGCAGCUCGCAUGUAGAAGGUGAAGCUGUUUCCUGUUUGUGGAAGAUUUAAGCUGUUUUGUAUAAAACUGAACACAUUUUUAAAGCAUUUUUUGUAAGUUCUGUUGUCUAAUUUAUUCUCUGUUUAUGCCUGUUGUGCUGUAAGAAUUUGUUGGGGGGUUUUUUUUGUCUUUUUUAGUUGGGGAGGGCGGAUUUUGCUUUUUUCUACUUGAACACUAGCUUUUAUGUUUGACUAGCCUGAAAUUUUGAACAGUGUAUAUAACUAUAAACACCAGCUUUACCAAUUUUUCUCCUUUUUAGUCAUCGUUCCCAAACUGUAAAUGCUGUUAAGGAUGCGUUGCCCUGAGAAUGCAGUUUACAGUUUUCCUCUGAAAUAUGUAAACCUCCAUUUGCAUGUCCAAGUUAUUUGGUUUGCUGGAUCCACACUUAUUUUUAAAAUUUGUACACUACUUGUUGAAUGGUUUCUGCUGUACGAUAGAGAGUUUUCACUUAGUAUUUGAUGUGUAAAAGUCUACAUAGCAGUGCUCUCUCAUUAUUCUGUGCAAAAAAAAACAACAUCUGUCAGACAAAUAUGGAAAGGAAAUAUUUCUCUCUGAUGCUGGAGUUUCUCUCAUCUGCUGUUCAUGGAGCCUCAGUGUACUCUGUGUGUAAACACACAACAAAACAACAUGACACAUUGAAUUGUAACGCCUCAGAUGAACCUGUACAGGCUUCAACAAACGCUGUGUGUAUUUCAUCAGGACCUGAGCAACAUACAACAUCUUCAACAAAGUGACAGGGUGUCAAUUCUUUUUUAUUUACUGUAAAUGAAUGUCAACAAAAAUAAAACUUUGUCCUUUGUUUUAA